AGUAACAAGUUUGUAAGUACAAGUACACGCACGCUUGCUCCCAGACCGUCCCGGCUGACAUUACUUUUUUGAGUAAAUGUUUAGAAAAGCUAUACGUAACUUUGGUAGUUUAAUUCACAAUUCGUCGCACAAUAACUUUGUUAGUCGGCGGUUUUUCUACGAGUCUAGAAAUAUGAAGAUCGGAACUCAUGAUGGUGUCUUCCACUGUGACGAAGUCCUGGCAUGUUACAUGCUCAAGCUGCUUCCAUUAUACAAAGAUGCCCUCAUCGUCCGUACUCGGGAUACAUCCAAGCUCGAUGAUUGUGACAUUGUUGUUGAUGUCGGUGCUGUCUUCGACCAUGCCAAGAAGCGGUACGAUCACCACCAGAGAGAAUUUAAUGAGACCCUGAGCACGCUGAGGCCUGAAUUUGGUGAUAAGUUUAAAAUCAAAUUGAGUUCUGCAGGCCUAGUGUACACUUACUAUGGAGAAGAUGUCAUAAAGCAACUGAUGCCGAGCAAUACUUCAUUGAACCCAUCUGAUUUGACUGUAAUCUAUAAAAAAGUAUAUCAGAAUUUCAUUGAAGAAAUAGAUGCUAUAGACAAUGGUGUACCGAUAGCCUCAGAGGAACCGAGGUACAAAAUACGCACCAAUCUAAGCAGUAGAGUGGCACGCUUGAACCCAGAGUGGAACUCCAAACAAGAUAUAAACAUAGAUGAAGUUUUUAAAAAAGCAAUGGCUUUAGUAAGUGAAGAAUUUCUAUACACAGUCAACUACUUUAUAACUGUAUGGUUGCCAGCUAGAGAAUAUGUCAGGGCAUCAUUAGACAACAGAUUUGAAGUUCACAAAUCUGGGGAGAUUGUCGAAUUCAAGGAGAGAUUUCCUUGGAAAGAACACUUGUUUGAUUUGGAAGAAGAAAUGAAUAUUGGGCAUGAAAUCAAGUAUGUUAUAUUCAAUGACAAGCCAAACUCUUGGAGAGUUCAAGCUGUACCUGUGAACCCUACAAGCUUUGUUACCAGGAAACCUCUACACAAAAGUUGGUGGGGUGUGAGGGAUGACAUUCUGAGUGAAGUCGCAGCUAUAGAAGGUUGUAUAUUCUGCCACAGUACCGGAUUCAUUGGUGGUAACACGUCGCGAGAUGGAGCUUUAAAAAUGGCCAUCUCAAGUCUAGAAGCGGAGGCAUAAACAUGUAUUUGUAUACAAUAAAUUUACUCACGAAUA